UAAAAACAGACCCAUUAUUUAGUCCAUUUCUUUUGCUUUAAGAUCCCGACACACAGGUUUAACCGAACACCUUGUUUUGCAGAGUGACCUCCAUUGCAGACCGGUUGAAUGUGGACUUUGCUUUGAUUCACAAAGAACGAAAGAAGGCAAAUGAAGUGGACCGCAUGGUGCUGGUGGGGGAUGUGAAGGAUCGGGUGGCCAUUUUGGUGGAUGACAUGGCCGACACUUGUGGCACAAUCUGUCAUGCAGCUGACAAACUUCUCUCAGCUGGAGCCACAAAAGUUUAUGCUAUCUUGACUCAUGGAAUUUUUUCUGGUCCUGCCAUUUCUCGUAUCAAUAACGCAUGCUUUGAAGCAGUAGUUGUCACCAACACCAUACCUCAGGAGGAUAAGAUGAAGCAUUGCUCCAAAAUACAGGUCAUCGACAUCUCCAUGAUCCUUGCAGAAGCCAUCAGGAGAACUCACAAUGGAGAAUCCGUUUCCUAUCUGUUCAACCAUGUCCCUGAAUGAUAGUAUAAUUUCUGAGGAGUUUAAAAGAUACAGUAAGCCCCAUCCCUUUUUUCCGCUAUUUGACUCCACCUGACCCCUUGUCUUCGUUUAAAAAGUUCAGCUUGCUCCAGUGUAGUUUACCCACAAUGAGGUAUUAUAUAACAUUUCUCCUAAAUUAGGGAAAGGCAGAUUGAGACUAAGUGCUGGAAUUUCCUAUGGCAUUGUCUCAGCUCAGUUGCAGUAAAGAUUCAGAGGGCAUUAUGUAGAGGAGUUGUGUAUGGGGAAGCUCAGAUGAUUUUUGCAUGUAAAUGCUUUAGGGUUUCCUUGGCUCAAAACUACUAGCUAGAAAGCAAACCCAAUCCCCACUUUCCCACUUUCGACAAGUUCUGUAAGGUCUAUGAUAAAUGACUACAGGAGCCCUGUUGUGUAGCCCCUGUUAGGCAGGAGCUGGCAACUCUCAGCUCAAAUACCUCUCAGGCUAAUGUCUGAGAGGAGAUUGUACACAGUGCAGCAAAUUCUUCUUGGGAGGAAAAAGCCUGAUCCGUCACCCUCUGCUUGGGGACUGUGUUACAUGGAUUCUUCUUUGUACCCAUUCCUUUCCAUUUGGCUGGAAUUUCAGCCAUCUCACCCUUUUCCUGGCCAAAUAUCUCCUUGAGCCCAAAUAUUCAUUGCUACCUUUGUCUUCUGGAAAGCAAAAUUCUGCUAAUCUCCAACAUUUGUAUGAGAUGAGUCCUGUAGUGUAUUCUCAGCCUAUUACCACUGUGGUUGUAGGUUUUUAAGUGUUGGCAUAGUGCCUUUUGAUUAAUUUAAGUAUUUAAUUUUUACCUUCUUGGGAAUUAUUUGGCCUCUCAUGAUCUGAUAUUUCUGUUAAAAAGAUUAUUACUGUCUUGUGUAGAAGUGACUAAUA